AAAUCUCUUUAUCCGUGUUUAUCUUUACCCCGUUGUUUGUCUCUAUCUUUUUCCUCUGUGCCUGUCCCUUUCUAUUGCAAAGAAAAAAUCAAAGAAGCUCUGUGCUUUUCACAGACAAUCGAAACCAGAGCUUCUUCUGAAAAGUCUUUAUAUAUUUAUAAAAAAAAAUACCCUUCUUUUGCAUUGUGCACACAACAAUUUUAUACUUGUAUUGCCAAAAUUUUUGGCUACAUCUCCUCCAUUUUCUGCAAACUCAAAAAAUUCAAUUUGGGUCUUACUCAAAACCACCAUUAAUGGAAGCUUCCUCAUCUCCAAUCUCCAUCCAAACCACACCACUUCAAGACCACCCAGAGGCUUCACCAAAGCCCUACAAAAAAAGCUUUGUCACAACUCUAAUGGAAGCCGCAGCACUUCGUUCUCAUUCCUUCAAAGAAGACACAUACUUCAUCUCCAACCUCAAGUCCUCAGAGAAAAAAGCUCUCCAAGAGCUCAAAGACAAGCUUGUAGCUUCUGAAGCCUCCGAUUCAUCCAUGUGGGGUGUUCCUCUAUUGGGUGGUGAGGACAAAGCCGAUGUGAUACUGUUAAAGUUUCUAAGAGCUAGAGAUUUCAGGGUCUCUGACUCACUCAACAUGUUGCUCAAGUGCUUAGCUUGGAGGAAAGAGUUUGGAGCAGAUAAUGUGGUUGAAGAGGAACUUGGGUUUAAGGAACUUGAGGGCGUGGUGGCUUAUAUGCAUGGUUAUGAUAGAGAGGGACACCCUGUGUGUUAUAAUGCUUAUGGGGUUUUUAAAGACAAGGAAAUGUAUGAGAGGAUCUUUGGUGAUGAUGAGAAGCUUCAGAAAUUUUUGAGGUGGAGGGUUCAAGUGCUUGAGAGAGGGAUUAAUCUUCUGCAUUUUAAGCCUGGUGGGGUUAACUCUAUUAUUCAGGUAACCGAUCUCAAAGACAUGCCCAAAAGAGAGCUCAGAGUCGCUUCUAAUCACAUUCUCUCUUUGUUCCAAGAUAACUAUCCUGAAAUGGUGGCUCGUAAGAUUUUUAUCAAUGUUCCAUGGUACUUCAGCGUGUUGUAUUCGAUGUUCAGUCCGUUUCUAACUCAGCGAACUAAGAGCAAGUUCGUGAUCUCUAAGGAAGGAAAUGUUGCUGAGACACUCUAUAAGUUUAUUAGGCCUGAGGACGUUCCUAUUCAGUAUGGUGGACUGAGUCGACUCAGUGAUUUGCAGAAUGGUCCUCCAAAACCAGCCUCCGAGUUCACUGUCAAAGGCGGAGAGAAAGUUAAUAUACAGAUAGAGGGGAUUGAGGCUGGUGCAACUAUUACUUGGGACAUAGUGGUUGGAGGCUGGGACUUAGAAUACAGUGCUGAGUUUGUGCCCAGUGCACAAGGUAGCUACACCAUCGCUGUGGAGAAGCCUAGAAAGGUUGCUGCUCCUGAAGAAGCAAUUCACAACUCAUUCACACCACAUGAACCCGGCAAAAUGGUGCUCUCUGUGGAUAACACAACCUCCAGGAGGAAAAAGGUCGCCGCUUAUCGUUACAUCGUGCGCAAAUCCACCGCAUUAGUACCCACUACCUUCAAUUAUGCUAAUUAAAAAUUAAAGGGUGUUUUUGAUCUUGUUACUAUGUUCUUUUGAUGAGGGGGCUUUGAUUAAUCGUGUGUUACAGUGGUGAAACUUUGUCAGUCUUUACUUGAAUAGUUACUAGCGUAAUGUAUAAAAAAUGGUGGUAUUAUAUAUUGCUUAGUGUAGACGAAGAGUUGAUUAACUUUGCUUAUAUAAGUGCAUGUUCCCUUUUGUCCCCA